AUGCCAGAGGGGCGUUCUAAAGAACAAGCUCCCGAAGAACAAGCCUCGGAAGGACAAGCCUCAGAACAACAGGCUCACGAAGAACAAGCUCCCGGAGAACAGGCCCCAGGGAUCAGUCCUGAGUGGAUUGAGCAGGAAAAGCGCGCAGAGCGUGAGAGACAGGUCAUCCGUAAUAAAUCGUAUAUUGUUGAUUCGCACUUGGCUCUCGAUCGCAAGGACGAAUCUGUCAAAAACAAUUGGAAGAACCUUUGCCGCAGCAUUGGCACCCUUGUGAAUGUCAACGGCAGCCUUGAUGGUGUUACCUGGGACAGUCUCGAUGAAACCCUUCAACAGAAGUUCGUCAGCUAUGCCCCUAAUGCAGAAGAGCUUUUUGAAGUAUAUGGCAUGAAACAGUGCCAACCCAACCCAACAGAUCACCACUUCCCCCACUUUAAGGAAGUUGAGUCUCGCAAGUUUCCACAUUGGAGAUUUACCACGAUGGAUCUCUACAUGUCCCUCAAAGACUCAGCAAAGUGGAACUUCCGGCGGAUUGACCCUACCUGUGUCGCCCCGAUCAUUGCCAAGGCGCUCGGCCGAUAUUUCCCAGAGGAGUACGGCGAAAGAGAUCCCACGGGCGGAACCACCUACCCGGCUCUUGAAAGUUUUGCUAAUACCGUGACCGAGAUGGAGUUUCUCUUCGACGCCAACCUGUCUUUCUUCUCCCAUGUUUUUCAACACCCCGUCACUCAACAAUGCUGCGGGUUUACUUUCCGGCAUGAACUCGAAGGAAUAGAGGGCCAGGCUAUGAAAGACCAUUAUGGUGGUCUCAGCCUUAAUGAACAGGGACAAAAUGUCGAUCUUGUAGUUAAUCCUAUGCUGCUGAAGCGUGGGAAUUACGAUGGAUACGAUUACCACGUCAAGAGAGCUAUGUAUCCCAUGGAAGUCUGCGUGGCUUGGCUCGAGGCUUACCGCAACCUGCAAAAUUCGCCAGAAGAGGACGAAGAGGGAGAACAGGGGGGAGAAACAGGCGAUGCGACUGCGACUGCGGAGGAGAAGAGCGAGGGACAUGACGAGGAUGGCAACGGGGAGGGUAAAGAAGUAGAGGGGCUGGCAAAUGAGGGGGAGCAGAGCACAGUGGAAAUGGACAAGGACGAGGAUGACAAGAACGAAGAUGAUGAAGCGAUAACCGAGGAGGGGGGAAAGAAUAACAAGACCAAGGAGAGGGGAGACGAGGAGGUAGAUGAGCGCGAGGAAGAAGGUGAUCUAACAAAGCAGGAGGAGGAAAAGAGAAACACAAAGAACACGACCAAGAGCAAGAGAAAGAACAGGAAAAAGAACAAGAACAAAGGGAAGCGUCGUUAA